ACCAUGUUCACGCUUUGCGCCUCGAAAAUUGCACUCGGUAGGAUACAGUUAAUUUCGGGAAAGCUUUAGUCCUUCAACGGAUAAACUUUUGCUAAAUACAGAGACUGGAGAUAACUUUCCAAAGAAAACCCAACUUAAGCUUUUCGGAUUGACUUUAUAUAUAGUAACAUUAUUUUUUUCCCAAUAUUUUCGAAGGAAUACGUGUUUUCACAAUGAGGAUUUGUUUAAUUGUUAUUUGGACCUCAUCGUGCAUAGCAGCGACUCACACAUCGCAUCUCGACACAAACACGACCAGUUUGUAUACUCACCUCCUACACUCUUACGAGAAGGAUGAACGUCCGUGCUCAAACUGUAGCAAGCCUUUACAUAUAGCGGCGUCGUUUUAUCUUACGUCUUUAAUCGAUAUGGACGAGCUUACUGGACAGAUGGUCACCGUAGGAUAUUUUAAACUAACCUGGCUUGAUACUCGUCUCAUGUGGCGUCCUCAAGACUUUGGAGGAACCGCCAGCAUAUUUGUAUCUUCUACCAAGAUCUGGGUGCCUACUAUGACAAUGGGUAAUCCGUCUCUUCAGGUCUCUACAUUGAACUCCGCGAUAUGUCCAGUGCGAGUUCUCUUUAACGGAACAGUUAUAUGGGCACCAGGCGAUGUUUUCCACUCGCGUUGUGAAUUUAACAUAUACAAAUACCCUUUCGAUAACCAGACUUGCUUUCUUAGCUUCAUCGUGUGGCCUUACAUGGCUGAGGAAAUAGCAUUUGUAGCGAGCGAAAAGAACGUAUCAAUGCCUUUUUACAACGAAAACGGGGAAUGGGCGCUAGUUCAGACGUCUGUUGACGUGCAAGAGAGAUAUUCGAUGUCGAUUGUGUUUUUCACGUUUUCUUUUCGCCGACUGUCAGAGUUUUUUGUCGUAAAUGUUAUUUUACCAUGUGUCCUGCUGUGUCUUUGCAACUGUCUGGUGUUCUUGAUACCGUUGGAGAGCGGAGAACGUAUUUCAUAUACAAUCACCGUUCUCCUAUCAUUUGCAGUUUUAAUGACGCUCGUUAGCGACAACAUACCGAAAACAUCGGCGCCAAUGUCCCUGCUUUGCUACUACUUGUUCCUCCUCUUUUUCGGAAGUGUCCUCGCCAUGAUAACCGUGGCAAUAAAUUCGUAUUUGUUUUAUAAGGACGCGAAUAUGCAUGUUCCUUUCGUUCUCAGAAACAUAGUUUUGUUUUGUAGAAAGUCCAGCUUCAGUCCAAGGGACACCAACCACAAAGAAAUACUGACAUUGAAAAGCAAUGGGAAAGAAGGCGAGCAUUCACGAUUUCCCGAGUCUAAAGGCGCUUGCGUAUCUUGGAUAGAUGUCGCGAAAUGUAUGGACAGGAUAAGCCUUUACAUUUUCGCUGUAUACUUCAUUACUCUGUCGAUCGCAAUGGUUGUGCUCCUUUACCACUAAAUUGAUAAAGUAUCUUCAACAACAAGGAAUACGAACAAUGAGUUUCUGAACUUGAUAUGUUUUACGAAUACGUUCGAAAACAUGUUGAAGGUAUACAUGUAGGUCGCUUUAAAAAAGAUGUAAAUUUGUUAACGUGUUAAGGUUUAAUUUUAUAUUUUAACAGCAAUUUAUGCUUUAUAAACCGAAAAUAGAUUUUUUUUCUUUUUUUAAAGAAAACAAAUACAUAGAUGUUUUAUAGCUUUGCAUAAAACACGAAAAGAAGUAUUUCAUAUUCAUUGUAGAUAUUAACUUAAAGUCAAAGUUGAGCUUCACUCCUGGCAUGAUAAUUGCAAUUUCUCUAACGACAAAAAAGAACGGCUUAGAAUGUUCUGUUGAAAAAUCUGACCUUUUGCAAAUAACACAUUAUUAUUUCUGCAUGCUAUUGUUAAGUAAUUAUAUACUUUUUAUCGAAUCAAAAUGUAUUUAAUUGGUUUGCUAAAGUCCACUCAAGCAUUUAACAUACUUAGAUAAUACUUCAAUCAGAUUUGUCUUGUAGAUACAAUAUUUUUGUCUGUUUUCUGCAUUUCUUUUACAUUGCUAUAGUUGAAAAGAAAAUUGGAAGUAAAAAAUUCAACAUAG